CAUGAGACGGGUUUUUAUGUAAACCCUUGAAAAGGACAGAGGGACCAUGUUACUUUCAGCAAUCGUAACUCCGUGUCAAUUCGCCUUGCUCACAGUAGGAGGAUAACUGACUACAAGCAACCCCCCUCUCUGUGUUACCCAACAGUGAGAACAGCGGAAAUUUCCCGGCGGUCCGCUUAUUGUCGAGACAUCCAUCCUCUCUCCACAGCGUGAAUGGUUCUGCAGAGCUUGAUCUGUGCGAGUGUAACCUUUGGUGUUCCGGAAGGAAACAUCAGUCAGUUGAUGAUGAAUAACUCCUUCCUGGUUAAUUUCUUCGUGUUGUGGCCCUGGCUCUGCGUUGUUGAGCCAAACCGUUAACGCCUGUACCUGUGGGACCGGAUCCCCACGCUUGGCCCGACAGCAGUUUUGUCCAUCUCCGUGAAGUCUAUGCAUGAAUGAGAAAGUGUAAAAUUGGUGACCCUGCCCGUUCGCUUACUACCUAGGCAAAUGCCAUCCAACUGUGUAUGUCACCCUGGACAUUUGCCAUGCUACUACAUGGCUCUGUGGAGUACGGUUUGUACGCACCGUUCGUAGAGGGACCUUGUCUCUUUUUGUGCUGUCGCAGAGUGUUGCCACUGUCAGUUGAGAAGCCAGUCCAUCACUGUAAGAAGUUCACUUGAAAAACGGGUGCAAAUUUACUGUCGCAAGAACCACAGAGUCGGGUUGCCGUUGCGUGGUCACGAAACUCAGAACUGUCAAGUGUCCCCCACGCCUCAGCGAAAAGUUAUGAUCGUUCGUUUGCAGUGUAACUGCUAACCAUAUUCUCUGGGUGAUUUACUGGAUGUUUGCAGUUUAGGUAGAAGGACGCCAGGUCAAAGCAACGAUCGAUUCCGACCCAUGUUGCCCAGCUCUUGUGAGGUCGUGGAUGAUGUUGAGGAGCUUGAUUGUCGUAUGAUUACGAGUAUCCCUGAUCCGACGAUUCAUUCUGCCACAGUUUCCGACUCUGACGGUCAGGAUAUGAGAAGUGCCACUUACUGUUCAAUCGGUAAAUGUAGAUCCUGUGUGUUCGUCCAUCACUGGUCCCUGGGGAAGACGGUUGUCAACCUGCUGCAGAUAUUAGCGUCCACGUCCCCCACACGAUUAUCUGAAUCGUGACAUAGGCCAGCAUGGCCCGAAUUUUGACGGUCGCUAGAUGAAGUUAUAUUCCUCGGUCACUGUCGUGCGACCUAAUGGCAGCAUGAGAAGGUGGUGAAGCGUCACCAGGCGCCCAGUGGAGUAUUGCUUCAAGGCCUUUUCAUCAUUAUUUCGGCGCAGACGAAUUCACACGGGAAAGCGGUAUGAAGGGCUCGGGACGUCCAGUGUGCGUCGCAUUAUGGCAAGCGUUGAGCUGUCGCCACUACUCUGCCAAGUUCAUUUACUUCCACGGCACGGCUUCCAAGAAGUUUUUUUCGACGGGGCGGCAGGUCGAAUGUGUGGCUAAUAGCGAUCGUGGCCGGAGGUCCUGCGGUGUCAAGCACCGUCUACUUUACCCGGUCUUCCCGUCAGGUCCAAGUGGCAACCGCAUCGUAGUGCUAUCGUCUUGUCCGUUCUUUGGUUCUGCCAAAGCUGUUAAAGGAGGCCCAGCAGUACCCCUGGUGCAGGCCACGUCUACCGCUCCGAGUCGCGUUGGUUCGCGAGUACAUGGUUUUGUUGAAAAUGGAGCAGAACUCAAGGUGGCAGUCAAUUCCGUCAGUUCAACAUCGUCUGGGAAAUUAUGUAACACACGAUUUCCACGGGCCGUUAAAUGGUCCGCUGCGACUCCUGUUUCUGAAUCGGUGAUCAGGACCAACAAUCCGACCUCGGUAUGCCGUAGUCAGCGUACUGCAUUUGGGAGUCGUGCGGUAUUCAUCUCCAAACGAAGCCUGGUAUCACUGUGUACGAGAUUGAACGUGAUCGAAAUUACCUCAUUCGGACGCGCGCAGCAACCCGCAGGUGUCCCGGUAUCAUGCAGGUGCUUGAGUUUUGGACCUACGGACUCUCCUCGCGAUCUCCGAAAUGAUGGUGGGGCACGGUCAAGUGGCGAUGCGUGCGACCAUCACGGGGAUAUCUGGCAACAUGGGAAGACUCCGUCGUCGUAUUUUGAUACGGACGGAGGUGAUAAAGCUCAUCUGGAAAUAGCAGCAACGUCGAGCGCUGAAAGGGAGAAACAGGAAGUCUACAUAAAUCCGGUGUGUAUGCAGAUGGACCAGCUCCUGAUGCAGAGUGCGACGGCAGAGGAAGUUCUAACUCUUUUAGUAAGCCAUCGCGGGGUCCUUUUUUUGCAUAAUUUGGUAACUGCGCUUGAGCUGCUAGCCGACUUUGCAACCGCUGAAAGCCGAACCCUACGUGUUAGGCGAGAGGGGACCACUAGCAGGUCCGCCGAACUGCAGCGCGGCACCGGCUCACAGCUGCCAAGGGAUGACCAGCAAGGCCUCCGUGAAACAACAUUUAGAAACCCGCUGUGCAUUGUCGGGGGUACGGAGACGGCGAGCGGCAGUUCCGACACACCGUUGAAGAGUCGAGCGACGGGGGCGAGGAUUGAAGAUCUUCUCCCCCAUUUGCAAGCGGGGCAGCCGCUCCCGUCAGGAUGGCCUAAACCAGUGUCCACAUACGAAAGCGUCACCUCUGGUACACGUAGCAGGAAGGAGCUCGUCACCGUCGAAGCUGUCGCCUCGGAGGACAUUGAAGAAGGCAAUGUCAUGCAUGGGCUCGGUGUCGCUGAUUGGAUAGUUCGAGAUGAGAGGUACGAGGUGCUGCUGCAAGAUCUUCGCUUCCAUCGUCGAAAUUUAUCCUUCGACGCAGCCGCGAAGGUUGUGCUGUCAAUGAGAAAGCUCAACCAUCGCCAUUAUCCAGUUUUGUCUGCCAUGCUACAUCCGCUGGCUCGCCGAGAAAUUCCGCUGUCGCCCUCGUACGAGACGUCAUCCUCCGACACAGGGGUCCAUGGGGGAGAACGGAACGUUACUGGCAUCAUCUUCGGUACAGCUACUGUCAGUGAGGAAUCUUUGGAGGGCCGGAAGAGAACUGAGAAGAUACUGCAUGAAAGGCUAAAUACCUUGUUUCAGUGCGCAGACGUCUAUGUCUGGGCUGGAUACAUCCAACAUCCUUUCUUCGAUAGGGUUGCCGCGUUAUUCUUCUCAGCCCUCCAGCAGAUGCCUAGUGCAUCGUCAAAUGGUGCAGCGCUUUGCACGUCAUCUCCCGUGACGUCUACAGCAAACCUGAUGCCGGAAGCAAGCCCGAGUCUCCUCGUUCGGGCGCUUCAGAUCUUCUCGUCGCUUCGUGUAAACGCGGGCCAUGAGGUCUUUACGGCAGCUGCGGAGCGUAUUCUGCAGCAUAUGCCGACCUUGGGGCCAGACCAUCUGGUGGCUGUUGCGGCGGCAGUCAGCAAACAUGGCGCCUGCACCGUCCUUUUCCCCGCUGCGCGAGACCAGAUGCAACCCUCAUCACUGCCAAACCAACACUUUGCAUCAAGUGACCUGGAACUGCUUGGCAAUACAAAGGGUCAAAUUAUGCCGAAGGAGGCAAACACUAACCGAGCAGUAUCAGUUGUGAAGUGGCCACAGAAGUGUGGCGGAGAUGAUGAUUCAGUCCCCGGGGCUUCGCAAGGAAGUAGUGAGUCUGUAGCACUACCUGCUUCCUUGUGCCUUCCUACGCCGUUACUGAGUAGAAAUACUACUCAGGAGUGUGACAGACUUCUAAGAUCCAGAGUUCGUGCGAGCAUGACUAAGGAGGCUGUUGUGUACUUGGACGCGAAUUCAGCGACAAUCAUGCCUCCCCUUCAAAGUAUCCCGGAUCGUGUCUUGACAGCCGUGGCGUCACAGUUCGAAGUGGCUUCGUCUUCCUUUUCUCUUUCCGCUACUGUCACUCUGCUGACCGCUUUCCAGAGUCGGGGUCUGCAUUUUCCUACGUGUAUUGCUAUUGCUGUCGCCCGCGUCACGCAGCAUUUGCGUGUCGCUGCAAAUGUUCGCCAACGAGCAGCUUUGACUAUCCAGGAAAUUGGCCACCUCCUUGAGGCGUGUACGUUCUUCGGGGUCGCAACACCAACACACAAUGGUCUCCCUGCCGAAACGCCAGCAGCGGAAGUCGCUUCUGGUGACGUACGGGGUGGCGAGGUUGUGAACAGCAACACAGAGCUGAUAGAUGCUGCUGCGGCCUAUUUGGAGCAACAUCUUGAUGAAAUUUCUGAACGGACUGCCAUUCAAGUGACCUUCGCUUUGGCGGCGACAGAAAGGGCAACACGCCGGCACGCGUAUCUUCUGUCUUUCACAUUUCGCAAAAUUGGCAAGGGGACCGAGUGGCAACGACACAAAGUCCGCGUUUUUCAGCUGUGGCUCUCCCAUGUGUUACAAUUUCCCUGGCUUCACUACAACAUGCCUCAACGGUGUGUCUUUGAAGGUUUGCGAGCGUGGUGCAUGCAGCGUGGAGGAUAUGGCGCGCCUUUUCCACGUGAAGUCGCCGAGCUCUCACGGAUACUGUCAUGCUUGGAUGUGAAGCAUAAGACAUUUGUUGAGCUUCCCGGCUCCCCUUAUGGCCUCGAUAUUCUGCUAGAGUCGUCGAAUGACAGGCGGAGUGUCAUCUUGGUUACGAACGAGUGCGCGCCGAACACGCUAGCACCAGCGGGAGGAAGUACCUUGCAAGCGGUCCACUUGGCACAGGCUGGAUACUCUCAGAUUUUAUUUGUCCAUCAGCCAACGUGGAACUUGCUGCGAUCCGAGGAGUCCCGAGUACGGUUUGUUCUGCUUCUCCUUCAGCGGCUUUGUCCUGAACGACAUUUGGCAGUAAAUGACACGACGCUUCGGAGCUCCACGGGAGAGGGCCAGGAUACGCGGAUGGUGCUUACACGAGACGCAAAUUUGCUUUGCGCUGGAUCGUGAUAGAUUUGCUGAGAGUAUGGUUGUCCAUGCACAAAUGAAGGGGUUGUCUGCUUUGGCACUCAGGUGCUCAUAUCAGACGAGAAAUUGAGUAUGCAGUCCGUAUGUCUCGUGAGUAAUUGUGAAAGAAACGUGAGACGUGCAUGAGGAACCGUGUUUGUUUUUAGGCAC